CCCAGAACCCGUAGUAGCCGGAGGGCUUACUCCACGCUGUGCCCACUGGGCAGAAUUGUGGAGGCUGAGCACCUGGUGGACAAGAGACAGACUCCUGGUCAGGGCAAGGAACCAUGCUGCGCCGUAAACCCUCCAACGCCAGUGAGAAGGAGCCAAACCAGAAGAAGAAGCUCUCCCUUCAAAGAUCCAGCAGUUUCAAGGACUUUGCCAAGUCGAAGCCCAGCUCUCCUGUAGUGAGCGAGAAGGAAUUUAAUCUUGAGGACAAUAUCCCAGAAGAUGACACAGGAGGCCCCCCCACAGAGGAUGCUGGGAAGAGCGCAAAGAAGCUGGGAAAGAAGUGGAGGGCAGUGAUUUCCCGCACCAUGAACCGGAAGAUGGGCAAGACGAUGGUGAAGGCCCUGUCAGAGGGGAUGGGAGAUACUCUGGAGGAAGGGUUGGCCUCCCCAACCUCACCAGACUGCCUCCUGGAGGGCUUGGCUUCAGAGAACAUGCCUCUGGCCUUUACUGACCAGGAGGAUGACAGCCACCCAGCCCUCAGCCGCCAAACGUCCACUAGCAGCGAGCUGGGCAGCCCAGGCCCUGGCACUGUGGGCUGCGGGCAGACCAGCCUGAGGGUGGAGGAGCUGAUGGCCCCGAUGUACACAGGCCCCUUCUGUGGCAGGGCCCGGGUCCACACCGACUUCACUCCCAGCCCCUACGACAGGGACUCGCUGAAACUCCAGAAGGGGGAUGUGAUCCAGAUUGUUGAGAAACCACCUGUGGGGACAUGGCUUGGGCUGCUUAAUGGCAGACUGGGCUCCUUCAAGUUCAUCUAUGUGGACGUGCUGCCUGAGGAGGCUGUGGGGCCUGCCCGGAGAAGCCGCCAACGUCCCAGCAAGGGCAAGAGACUGAAACCCAAGACCCUACACGAGCUGUUGGAGCGAAUUGGCCUGGAGGAACACGCAUCUACCUUGUUACUCAAUGGCUACCAGACCCUGGAAGACUUUAAAGAGCUUCGGGAAACCCAUCUCAGCGAGCUGAAUAUUGUGGAUCCUCAGCACCGAGUCAAGCUGCUGACGGCUGCAGAGCUACUGUUAGAUUAUGACACCGGCAGCGAGGCGGAAGAAGGUCCCCAGACGAACCUGGAGCCGGCGCCGGAGCACACGUUGGACUCCAAGGCCGAUAUUCCACGAGACUCGGGCUGCUUCGAAGGCUCGGAAAGUGGGCGGGACGAAAGCGAGCUGACAGCCCCCGAGGAGCAACUGCAAGCCCUGUCUCUGGAGGCGGGGGCGGGGGCGGGGCCAGGCGGGGCCGGCACCCUGAGGGCCUGCCCUGGGGCCCCGCCCACGCCAGCCGGGGCCGCGGGCUCCCUCUGCGCCUGCGCGGCCCCGAGCUCCUGCUCUGGGACCUGCUUCCCGGGACCCUGUGCGAAAGGGACUCAGCCCUUGUACCCGAGAAGACUGGCGCAGCCGAGCGGCCCCCGGGCUGGCCGGCGGCUAACAGCAGAAGCCCGUUCUGUGGGGAGCUGCCUCCUUGACCCCUCCCCCAUCCCCAUCCUGCCCUCCGUGGUCGCAGUACCUUAGGGGAGCCGGCUAUUCAGAGCCCUGUGGCCUGGGAUUUGGAGUCAGGUCUAUGUGCCACCAAUUUGCAGUGACCGAGGGCAAGUCAUUCCUCUGUUUUCUCCUCUGUCAAAAGAAGGGAUUGGAUUAGGUGAUCUCUGAUCCAGCUCUAAAGCCCACCCUAAUUUAUCCUUGUUCCCUGGAAAUGCAGUUUCUGGUUCUUGGCUUGCUGAAAAGGCCCAACCCGAUUUCUUCUGCCUCCGUUCUUUUCUGCUUUCUUGGCCACCCCUGGAGGCUGAGAAGCAUGUGUGUAAAAGAGAACACGCACGCAAAGGCGCUCUGCUCCCUCUUUUUUUUCCUUGCAAGGCAGGAUGCUUUAACCUCCCCAUCUGCAGGGUUUAGGAAUUUGCUAUCCCUUCCUUUCUUUGCCCUAAAAUAAGAUCAGGCCUCCAGGCAGCUGCCUCCUGUCUGACCUGGGAGUUAACGAGAGAGAGGAAGAGGUGAUUCUCUCAGGAUAGAGCUGUCUCCCUGCUUCUGGGGCCUCAUUAACCAGAGCAGGCCUAGAGGUGAAGGAUUCAGACACCCACAUAGGAUACUCAAAGCAAAUGGGGCAUUGAACUCGAAGCUAUAAGGGAGGGAGUCAUCCUGAUUCAGAUUUGAAAAAGCAUCCACAGAGGGAGCACUCCUCAGGGAAGACCCCACACUAUCACCACUCCACACAAUGCAAAUAGAAGCCUCCAGAGGAGCCAUUCCCCAGCAUCAGACUCUGCCUGGCUUUCAGCAGUGUCAAGAGCAGCCAGGACUUGGCCUAGUUGGACCUACCCCUCAACCUAAUCCUGGGGAUUUUAGUGAAAGCUGGCUUGGGGAGGGGGGUGAGGAGCAGGGCAAGUUUAGAUUGCAAUAAAGC